AAAUUUUAAAAAUCCAACAUCAAACUUUUAUCUUUCAAAGAAAAACGUAUAUUCAGUUUAUCAAAAUUUGAACUUUAAUCAGUACUAAAUAAAAAAAAAUACAAUUAAUAAAAACAUAUUAUAUGAUUUUAAAUAUAGCGUUAAAGACAUUUUUAAAAAUCAUUUCUUUUUCAAACUUGAUAUUUUAUUAUGUGGGUUUAUGAUGCAAUAAGCGCAGACACUAUAGCAAUUUAACCUCCGCGAAUGCUGCACAUUGUCAGUAGUAAAACAACUUCGUAGAAAGAAAGAUCAACAAAUUUAAUACGUAAAACUUUUUAAAAUACGUGAUUGAACUAUAAAUUUCUUUAAUUUAGUCACAAUUUAAACUAAUCGUGACUAAGUGUAAUAUAAUAUUACAUAAAAACUCUGACUUGAAAAAAAAGUUUACUUAUUUAUAAUGCUAACAGUGUGUUUAUCGCUCUUGUGUAUUAUAGUCAGUGUAGUUGGAAUUUUAAUUUUACGCUCACAUCGACGUUAUCAAAAUUAUUGGAGGAAAAAAGGAUUUACUCCUUACAUCAAAUCUGUACCAUUUUUCGGAAAUUUUUAUUCUAUGACGUUUAAAAAAUUAUCAAUAUCUGAAUAUAUCACAAAAGUGUAUAACCAUUUUCCAGAAGCAAAAUAUACCGGUAUACUACAAUUUAACAUACCAACAUUAGUUUUAAGAGAUCCCGAAUUAAUAAAAGAUGUUUGUAUAAAAAAUUUCGAUAAUUUUACCGAUCAUCGAAGUUUUGUUCCGGAAGAUGCGGAUCCUUUGUUUGGAAGAAUGGUAUUCUUUUUAAAGGGUACAAAAUGGAGGGAAAUGCGUCAAACUUUAACACCAUCAUUCACAGGAAGUAAAAUGAAAUUAAUGUUUGAAUUAAUAUCAAAAUGUUCGCGAGAUUUUGUUCAAUACUUUCUUGAUCAUCCAGAAGAGGCAAAUUCAGUUGAAAUGAAGGACACAUUCACCCGUUAUGCUACUGAUGUAAUCGCGACAACAGCUUUCGGAAUCACAGUCAAUUCAUUAAAAGAUCGUAAUAAUGAAUUUUAUUUAAGAGGAAAAGAGGCUGUUGAUUUUAAUAGUAUUAAACGUCUUCUUAAGAUAAUUGCCCUAGGAACAUUCACAAAAUUCAUGAAAUUCAUAGGUGAACCAAUUAUGUCACGUUCAACAACUCGAUUUUUCAGAACAAUUAUCGAAGAAACAAUAAAAAUAAGAAAAGAGAAAAAUAUUGUUCGUCCCGACAUGAUACAUCUUUUAAUGACAGCUAACGAUAAUGAGAAAGGAGUGAAGGUAUCAAUUGAAGAUAUUGCAGCGCAAGGACUUAUCUUUUUUCUUGCUGGUUUUUCCACAUCAGCAACAGCCAUGGGUUUUGUUAUUCACGAACUUGCCGUCAAUCCAGAAAUACAGGAAAAAUUACGAGAGGAAAUCGAUCAUUUAACGGAACAAGAAGGAGAAAUUUCCUAUGACACACUAUUCAAGAUGAAAUAUUUAGAUAUGAUUAUUUCUGAGACUCUCAGAAAAUAUCCACCAAAUGGAAUGAUGGAUCGAGUAUGUGUAAAAUCGUUUACAUUACCAAAAUCUACACCCGAUAGUAAAGAAUUUGAAACUGAUUUAGAAACUGUAAUAUGGUUACCAAUAUAUGCACUUCAUCAUGAUCCACAAUAUUUUCCCGAUCCAGAAAAAUUUGAUCCUGAGAGAUUUAAUGAUGAAAAUAAGGAUAAAAUAAAUCCUUAUGCUUAUAUUCCAUUUGGAAUUGGUCCGAGAAAAUGUAUUGGAGAUCGAUUUGCAUUAAUGGAGAUUAAAAUUUUGAUUGUACAUUUAUUGCAAAAUUUUGUUUUAGAAAGAGAAGAACGAACGAAACAUCCUAUUGAAUUUGAAAAAAGUUUUCUUAUUAUUCCUAAUGGUGAUAUGUGGGUGAAAUUUAAGAAGAGAAACAAUAAUGCAAAAUAAUACCUUAUAUACAAAAAAAAUUAGCAUAAGGAAUUAAUGUUUAUAAUUUAUUAAAAAAAAAAAUGUUAAUGAA